UAGAGGUGGCUAUAGCCAGCAAGCUAGCCUGCACACUGGGCCCUGGUGCUUUACAUUUGACUAGCGAUUAUGCUUGGAAAAUUGCCCAAAGCAAAACGAUACAUGCGUUUAAAACAGAAAAGUUUACGAACCGCUGUAUGUUGAAAAAAGAGGAAAAACAAGCACAUCAUUGUUUUAGCGACAUUCCCGCCUUGGUAGUUCAAUAAAGCUAACGUAACGUUAGCCGUUCUCGGUUAACUUCGUUAGCGGAAGUAAACAGUACAUGUUCGCUGAAAGCUUCAGAGCCAAACAUAUAAUUAGGCCAAUUUCUGCAAACCUGAGUUUUCCAUUUAGAGGGAAGUUGUCGCAGUCUCCCUAGUCAUGGAAAGUAAGGAUGAGGAGAUGGAGAUGAGUGAGGAGGAUUUUCAAAGCUGGAUUAGAGAGCAGGUGGAAAAUCAUGACCAGGUCAAACUCAGGAGAACCCAGCUGGCCCAGAUGGAGAACCUGGUGCAACGAAAGGAGAAGCAGGUCCUCCAUACCCGUACUCUAUUCAACAAUGCCUGCGAGUCUGUGAUGGAGUGUGAGACCGUUAUGGAGGAGCUGUACAGCAAACUGGGCAUGGAGUACAGAGAAACUGACUCUGAGGAUGGAGAGAACCAUCAAAACGUAAUUGAAAUUGAUGACGGUGAUGCAGACAGAAAUGACGAUAUCAUUGCGUCAGACUGCGUUGCAGCUCUUGAAUGUGCACCUGUCUCAAGCAAUGACAUAGAUUACAGUGACAUGGCAGAAGACAUGGACAGCAUGCCAUCUUCACCAUCUGUGACCACCCCUUUUGUGACUGUAACUCUUGCCCCAAAUGAAGCCUCAAACUCUAGUGAUGCCCAUGUAACUCCCCUUGAACAAUCAGACUCUGAACCACCAAGUCCCCAAGAAGACAGCGACGAUGAGUAUACUCCCCCAUCUAAAGCCAAAGUGGUCUCAACAAAACACUCCAAAUCCAGCAGACGUGGACGUGGACGCGGGCGGACAAAAAAAGGUGAUGAGAAGCGCAGACCAUGUGGCCGAAACAAACCUCAAAUUCGUGGCCACAGAGAAGACUUGCCUCCUGCUUCUACAACUCCUUCAGUGCCAGCGACAACACAUAAGCCUAAAGUGGGUGAUUCCUCUGCAUCAACAAAACCUCAAAAUUCAAACAAAAGCUGCACACCUUCACUACUGAAAUCGCAAGAACCCUGCAAGAGUGACAGAUCUCCUCCCAAGCCACAUGAGCCCAGGAAAGAAACUUCCACUCCAUUAGUGGUGACCACUGUUUCACAGGCUCCGACCCAUGCGUCCAACCCCGCCACUCAACCACCGCCUGGCCUUACAGAGGAGGAGAUCAAGGCUGACAUGAUGGUUUUGGCUAGGCGGAGGACAAAGACCUGGCACCCAGGGAAAAUUACCGAAAUUAAACCAACUGAGAAUGGUUGCAGGUACAAGGUAGAUUUUAGCGAGAAAGGGAGGAGCAUGCUGUCAGGACACCACAUAGCCUUUGACCACACAGCUUCGCUGGAGCGGCUGUAUGUUGGCGUGCGCGUGGUGGCCAAGUUCAAGGACGCUGACCAGUCCUGGUUCUACUCUGGCAUUCUGGCUGAGCUCCCCAACCGAAAAAACCGCAUGAGGUUCCUGGUGUUUUUUGAUGACGGCACACCAUCCUACGUUGGCUUACCAGAUCUUCACGUUGUUUGCAGACCACUGCCAGAGGUGUGGGAGGACAUAGAGGAUGAGGCCAACAGGGAGUUCAUUAAGGAAUACAUCAAGGUGUACCCCAACCCGCCCAUGGCCCAGUAUAGGCCGGGUCAGCCCAUCAAUGUGGAGUUUGAGGGGGUCCAGAAGAGGACUGAGGUAGAGUCAAUUGACUGCAGCUUGCUGUGUGUCGUGUUCAAGGAUGAUGGACAUAAGGAGUGGGUCUACCGAGGCUCUUUGCGUCUUGAGCAUAUGGCCAAUAUGAAGAAACGUGCUGAGGAGGCAAAAGAUAAAUCGGCAACGACCCGGCCAAACACUAGUGGAUCAGUUUCGACAAAUAAUACUAUCCAUCAUAUUGGCAUGGGUGCAGGCAGCAAUCCCUCAACAGUUUUGCCAGCGCGGGUCAAUUCCAGUGUUGUCAAGCUGGGACAUCCAACUGUCAGUAAUCGCGCUGGAUCGUUGAAGAAGCCCUGUAGCCAGGAGUGUACGACAGAUGAGUUAUCUGCCAUCUCAGCUACUGGUCCAGUCACCUUCACCCCUCACCGGUGCUGCCCAGCCUGUGUGGACCGCAUCCGGGCAAAGGCUGAUGCCAGGCAUCGCGGACGCAACCCGCUGCUCAUUCCUCUGCUUUGCGAGUUCCGCCGCAUGAAGUGCCGCCGCCGAGUCAAUAACAAGACAUACUACCACAUCGUAUACCGCUCACCUUGCGGCCUCUGCCUAAGCAACAUGAUGGCGGUGCAGGACUAUCUCCAGCAGACCCGCUGUGACUUCCUCUUCCUGGAUAUGUUCUGCUUCGACCCCUUUGUGUCCGUUACCACCACCCUCCAGACUUUGCCCUACAAGAUCAACAUCCCAGACCUGACAUUAGGAAGAGAGAACCAGCCCCUGUCCUGCAUCAACGAGAUCAACAGCAUCCGGCCAGUCUCCGUCAUCUACAACAAAGACCGCGUGGCAGCAGCCGGGGUCUCCCUCAACACCAGUUCAGACUUUCUGGUGGGCUGUGACUGCACCGAUGGCUGCAGGGACAGGUCUGCGUGCUCCUGUCACCAACUGACCAUCCAGGCCACUGCCCUGUCGCCAGGGGGUCCGGAGGACAUCAAUGCCGGCUACACACACAAGAGGUUGGAGAAACCCCUCUCUACAGGUAUAUAUGAGUGCAAUGCGUUGUGCCGCUGUGACCCACGGAUGUGCUCUAAUCGUGUGGUGCAACAUGGCCUUCAGCUGCGUCUGCAGCUCUUCAUGACCAUUGGGAAGAGCUGGGGAGUCCGCUGCCUGGAUGACGUUGCCAAGGGCACUUUUAUCUGCACCUACACUGGAAGAAUUCUGAACAAGAAGAGUUUGACCACAGAGGCCAACGUGUACAUGGUCAACUUAAACCACAUAGAGGAGGCUGAGAGCAAGGAUGGUUAUGAGAGUGAGGCCCACUUUUCCGACAAGGAGUCAGGUUCAGAACUAGAGCCCAUAGAAGGAAGCAGUGAAAAUGAGGACUGUGAUGAAGGUGAAGAUAAAGAUGAAGGGGAAGCAAAUAAUCAGAAAGGGCCGAGCAACAAUGAAAAAGAACAGUCACGAAUGAUGACAAAGAAGUUAGAUGAUGAAUGUGAAGAACCCAGUGACUUUGAAGACAAUUAUGACGAUGCUGACUACAAUGUCAGUGAAGAGGAAGGCGACUCUGAUGGUGACUUCAGGAAUAACGUUUCGUCUAUGGAGAGGAGCUAUGUCACUCGCAGACAUGCCAAAAUAUUACAAGAAGGUACAAGGAAAACAGAACCAGCAAAGAACCCAGCCUUUCGUGCCAAAUGUUCUGAGCAGCAGGCCGUUACUGCAGAGGCGAAAGACAAGAAAGACACAAAUGCAACCAGAUGUUACUUUGAUGCAGAGGAAUCCUGGUACAUUAUUGAUGCAAAGCUAGAGGGAAAUGUGGGUCGCUACCUCAACCAUAGCUGCAACCCAAACCUGUUUGCACAGAAUGUCUUUGUGGACACGCAUGACCUUCGAUUCCCUUGGGUGGCAUUCUUCGCCAACAAGCGCAUCCGUGCUGGUACAGAACUGGCUUGGAAUUAUAAAUGUGAGCUUGGUGUGAAAAGGUCGUCAAGAUUCCUUAAAUGUCGCUGUGAUCCAGAGUGCAAAGAGAAAUUAUGAACGCCCUUGCAUCGUCUUCCAGCUUCACCUCUGCUGAUUGUUUAGAUAGUCAGAACCUUUUUUCAAUAAAAAAAUGUUUUUGUAUUUAA